AUGGCUAUCGCUUCCAUUCUGAAUAUGGGUGCAAUUGCACUAAAUCGAUAUAUACGAGUUGUAAAACCAGCCAUUUAUAGCAAAAUAUUCCCCAGCAGAAGAAUUGCUUGGUUUUAUUGUGUUCUCGUUUGGUUGGUUGCUCUUUUUUUCAGCACAGCUCCAUUGUACGGAUGGGGAAAGUUUGAAUAUCACACGAAAUUCUCUACAUGCGCGUUAAUUUGGAAGAAACACAUUUCGUAUGUGCUAAUAGUUGGUGGGGGGGUUAUGAACGGUUCUACAAUCGCAAUAUUUUACUGCUAUUAUAAAAUCUAUAAAACAGUUAAACAAAGCACGCAUAAUAUAUGCGCACACAAUCAAGGAAAACGUGUCACUGCGUCAAAUGCUCAACCCACUGACAUGAAACUUUUGAAGGCCAGUUUUAUCGUGGUUUGUGUUUUUGAGAUGACCUGGGGUCCAGUUUCCAUGGCCGUUGUCAUUGAGGCUGCUGGAUAUAAUGUUCCGAGGGAAAUCUUUGCAACAGUUCUCUACUUGUUGUUCUCGAGUAGUUAUGCAAAUCCGAUUAUCUAUGGGCUAAUGAAUCCAC